AUGCAAUCAUACAUGGCAAGCAAGGUCAACAAUGGAAUGCCUACAUUGAUUCCGGAAGAUAUGACUGCCGAAACAUUGUAUGAGUGUAAUCUAGCUGUUGAAAUAAUUCUGGAGGCCCGCUCAAAUCAAGAGCAAACUAAAUGGAAUGCAAACAAUUAUAUUGAACACUUGUCAGAACGUUGCACUGGAAGAAACGAUGCUGUUGAAGACAAUCUAAAAAAUUUAUUUCCACCAAUACAUCUUCCAAUGCUGUAUCGGUGCAAACCCGGAACUGUGGCUGAUAGUGAGGGGAACAUUCUGGCAUGGUAUUUGCCUGGAAUCUUGACGGAAAGACGGGUGAAUUCUACAUGGAAAAUGCUACAAAAUAUUGAAGGUCUCAUUCGUAUGACCCCUUCAUCAACUAGCUGGAGGGCCAACAAAACUUACUUCAGACAUGAGUCUGCCUGGCUGCGCCCAGGAAAUGCCAACUUUUCACCUGCUUGGUUUCAGCAGGGGCAUGAGCAAUCCAAUCCGUUGGAGGUUUCGGCUGAUCUCACACAUCCCGACGGACUAUCAUUUAUUGCCGGUCUAAUGACUACUUCGGCAUUGAUCGGAGCCAUCCUGAGUAUUAUUCAUCCGGCACAGUUUCGGGCCGGAAUUGAGUUCCUCGAGCGGAUAUCGUCUCAACCCGAGAUCAUUCACAAGGCUGAACUUUUGAAGCAUAUCCUCACUUUCUGGACUUCCCCCUUUGGCGUCAUCAGUGUCAUCAGCAAUAGGGACACACCUUUUCAUCGUGAUAACGGGUCUUGUCACCCAUGGUAUGAUUUGCUCAUGCCAUUGGGCAACUAUGAAAAUGGGAGAAUUGAACUUCCAGGAGUUGGCAUAAGAUUGGUUUUGGAACGACUAGGAGUUAGCAAAGCGGGAUGGUCAACUUCCUCCGAUAUUCUUCAAAACUUGUAG